GUUUCAUCGUUUUAACUUCUUAAAAAGGUUAGUCGCCUCUUCUUCGUAUUUUUUGCCUCGCUGAGCAGCUGCGAAUCUCACGACUUCAAGAUGCCGUCGCACAAGUCGUUUAUGAUUAAGAAGAAGUUGGGAAAGAAGAUGAGACAGAACAGGCCUAUUCCUCACUGGAUUCGUCUUCGUACCGACAACACCAUCAGGUACAAUGCCAAGCGCAGGCACUGGCGUAGAACCAAGCUCGGAUUCUAAGUGAUAAGCCUUCUAAAAGAGUCUUCUUUAUCUGUUUGGUUUAGCAUUUCCUCAAGUCUUCUUUUUGUUUUAAGUUAUGACAUUUUCAUAUUUCUGUAAGACUUUUACUCUAUUAUGAUUCAUGUUACCAAAUUUUCUUCGUAUUGGGAGUUGUUUCUUAACAUUUGUGUGAUUUGACUAUUGAAGUAUCUCUUGGUUUGCUUCCAUGUAGAGUUGUUUCUUAAGAAUUUUUUCUCGCAACCUAGAAUCUGGAUUGGGUUUAAAUUUAAUCAUCUACUUGCGAACUAGAAGCUUUAGAAUUUCUUGCUAGUAAUUGUACUGGUUUUAAUAUCUAGUGGUUUUGAAUCUUUUGAUAAUGUGAUAGUGA